GUACACACUGUGGGGUAGAGGGAUUAAGCUCCCAAGUUGCUUCGAGGCAAUUUUUCCAUCGAGUGUAGGGGCAGCUCAUCCGAACGCAGUUGAAAUAAAUCCCGGGUCGUAGCCCGUUUAUUUUUUUAUUUUCUAAACGCCCGCUGCCUGCACCAAAACGCUCGGUAACUGGCUGCCCGACUUCGCGAAACCGAAAGUGAUUAUCAGGAGAUUAGUGUUUUGUUUAAAUGUGUUUAAAAAAAAUUCAACGAGUCCCAAAAAUUGAUUGCUGCUAAACGUGAAAGUGAACAAAAAACGGAUUUCGGAAUCCACAGCCUCCCAAACAACUCAUUUGCUGCGAUCCGCAGCCGUUGUCCUGGGAAAAAUCGAUUCCAGUUAUCCUGUGCCACUGAGCUGUCACACUCCAGAGCUUUCACUUUACUUUCACACUGCAGUGAAAACAAUCUCGGGCGACUUGCCGUUGGCUCUUGGUGGUGGUUCGAUGAGUUGCCAGUAAGGGACGUUGCCCUCGCCAGGAUUCCCGCAUGAGCCAAGAUGAUUGUCACGUCCGCUUCUGGCCUGGAUAGCACUCCGACGUUGGGGACUGUCGAAGUGACCACGCUCCUGGGCGCCUUCUUCGGCGUCCUUGUCCUGCUGCUCCUGCUGUUCCUGUACAUCAGUCGGAAGUGCUGUUUCCACUACCGCCAUGCCAUCAACUGCUGCGACGAGCGCCACCUGGCGGCCAAGUGUGUGCAGAAGAUCACACGCAAGCGGCGCUACGAGAACACCAGCUCCGACUCGGAGGAGGACAUCCUGCGCCGCCUGCGCUGGCACCAGCAGCACCAGCUGGGCGAGAAGCCCGGCGGAUACGGGCUGGGGAUCAGCCAGGCGAACCCGCUGACGGCGCACAGCUUCAAUUACCACCAGCCUGGCGCUGACCUGCAGCGGGUGACAGUGACGCGUGACCCCCUGGCCAUCGCCGAGCGGGGCAAGGUCGGCAUCCCGUCGUCGCACAGCGAGUGCAGCUCGAACGACUCCAUGGAGGCCUCCGUGGACAGCCACACCGGCAUCCUGACGGGCGUGAGCAAAGCCACAGCCCCUCACCUGGCGACAUCCUUCCGCAAUCCGUGUGCGGAACACCGGGUCAAGACGCAGGCUCUGAGGUACCAGCACCGGGUCGAGGUGGUUGCUCCGCCCAAGGCGGAGAAGGAGCGGGACAACGUGGUGGUGGUGCCGAUGGCCAGUACCUUUAACAUCCACAGCAACAACAACAACUUUAGUGCUACCAGCAACAACAACAACAACAACAAUACCAGCAGCAACAACAACAACGAUGACGAGCCGCUGUUCGACACCAGUGACCUGCGAUCGAUCAAGUCGGAUGACCUGCUGGUGGGGCUGGAUGCCAAGGGGGCGCCCGUCCAGCGCGGACCCAUCGAGCUGGAGCUGUCGCUGCUGUACGACGCCCCCAUGCGGAAGAUGACGGUGCACGUGAUGCAGGCCAGGAGCCUGCCGCCCCUGGCCAGCGGGCAGCCCACCCACACGCAGGUGCGGAUGCUGAUGCUGCCCAGCAAGAAGCAGAAGCUCAAGACCAAGAUCCGCAGCGGCGAGAACCCGCAGUACAUGGAGAGCUUCCUGCUGCACCGCGUCAAUCCGGAGGAGGUGAACAACAUGGGGCUGCGGGUGCGGCUCUACGGCUGCGAGCGACUGCGCAAGGAGCGGCUGAUCGGGGAGGCCUACGUGAGCUUCGCCACCGUGGACCUGGAGCUGGAGACGAACCUCUGGCUGCCGCUGGAGCCGCGCAACACCUCCUCGGUGCUGGGCUCCACCAGCGACCUGCUGAGCCUGGCGCGCUCGGACAGCGCCGGAUCCACCUCGUCCAUGCAGCACGGCGGCGUCUCCGAGCUGCUGCUGGGCCUGAGCUACAACGGGGUCACCGGGCGGCUCAGCGUGGAGAUCAUCAAGGGCAGCCAGUUCCGCAGCCUGUCGCUGAACAAGGCGCCCGACACGUACGUUAAGCUUGUGAUGGUCAGCAGCAUCGGGCAGGAGAUAUCCAGGGCCAAGACCUCAAUACGCCGGGGCCAGCCCAACCCGCUGUUCAAGGAGACGUUCGCCUUCCAGGUGGCCCUGUUCCAGCUCAACGACGUCACGCUGAUGGUCUCCGUGUACGCCAAGAGGCACAUGAAGAAGAACGAGAUGGUCGGCUGGUUCAGCAUGGGCCUCAACUCGUCCGGGUCGGAGGAGGUGGCCCACUGGGCGGACGUGUGCGAGAUGCCCAAGGGCGAGAUGCUGGCCCGCUGGCACGUCCUGGUGGACUCCUGAUUCGAGCAGCUGGGCCAGUCCUCGGGACGCAGCGGUAGGGCCCUCCGGAAGCUGGGCCUGGCUGCGUUCGCCUCGAAGGACCGGUCCUCGAAGGAGAAGGCCUCCAAGGAGUCGUCGCUGGAGGACGACGGAGCUCAGUUCCCUGCAGACAACGCGGUUGCAGUCGACAUUGAGCCGGGCCUGGAGCUCGACUUUGUCUGAAGCGCACACAGAGGUCGGUGCUUGGUGUUUGUGAUUUGUUUUUACGCGGCACGAUACUCGACGACUCAUGCUUAUAUGUAACAUGUAUGUACAUAUGUAUGUAUGUCGUCGAGUGUUUAGCCCGGGAUGGGACCGGCCGAACGGUUCGGACCAUCCAACCAAUCUAGCCCAGACUGGGCGGUAAGAUAUUUGUAAUUUGGAAUCAAUUUGGCACACACUCCAUUCAUGAAGUGUGAGAAACAUGAAAAACUAAAAAGGAAUAACCUAGAAUAUCGAAAUUUUAUACGCAAUGGCACGCAAAGUGCAUACCAGUACUUAAAUUACUACUCAAAAUUUGAAUUUUAUGAUUGUUUGUGAUAAAGAAUACUAUAUGAUAUGAAUAGCCGGAUGGGCGGACAUAUACUGAAGAUGUUGUGUGUACAUUUGUGCAUCUGUACUAAAACACUAACUUACGGACGAGUGACGAAUUUUUGUAAUUAAACCUUUCUGCAUCUUAUAUUUAAAUAUUAAGCCCGGCAUAGGCUGCCCAAAGUCUGUCAAGACUAGCACUUUUUUAUUACCAAAAUAUGAAAACAUAAAUUAAAUAGGAACAUUUGUAGUCGAUACGUACAUUCAAGCCUACAUUUGCAUACAUCAUACACAAGUUGACACAACUAAUACUCUUGGUAUUUUGAUCGAGAGCCAUGCGCAUGUUCCAGUUUUGAUAUUCAGAGAAAGAUGAAGGAAGCAUCGGUACCUUAGGAUUCAAACGCACAAAGACAUCUUCAACACUGGAAGAUAAGUUGGCAAACCAAACUUUGGUUGAUAAAAUAUAGGAAUAUCGGCGACUGCGACUAUAUGCACGCAAUUUCGAGUACUGCAGUCGAGUAGGGGGUUUGUAGUAGAGCUUUAUUUCGAUUUGGGCAUCGGACAAAGACAAAUGUGCUCCACAGUGGGCUAGGAACUAAGGGUCCUCAGAUCGUGGAAUACCCGACGACUUGGUCGGCGUGUUGAGAUUGUUUAAAGCUCUCUGGAUUGAGAAUAUUUUGUUUCUGCAUGGAACUGCAUAAAUUACAUAAGUUUAACUUAUAAAAUGAGAAUUGAAAGCUUUAAUAAAUAUCUAAACUAACUUAUUUUAAAACUCAAGUUAAAUCGAAACUCAAAAACAAGAACUAUUAAACUAUUGCCAUGCGCAUGCGAGAAACUUAAUGUUAAUUUGUAUGUACAACCAUAUGAAUGUUUUUUGCAAUGCAUAGUAUUUAUAUCUUUUGAAAAUCUAUAUGUUUUGAGUGUCGAAUAUUUUAUAACCGCAAUUCAAGGGAAUGUGCGUUCGUGGUUGCAAAAACUGCGAUCUAUUAACUAAAUCUACGACUUCAUUUUGGAAGGCAAGCGAGGCUAAGCGGCCAAGUGACUAAUCAACUAAUCGAAAUCGUUAAUGUCAGUAUUACACAUCUCCAAACUUAACAGUACAACAGCGGUUAGCCUCGCCACAAAGUGCGGAAU